AUGUCUCCCGCUUCUGCCAUCAAGGCCAAGGCCUCCCACUCCGACAAGAACCAGCCUGCCUCGCGAGCUUCCAGCAUCUCCAAAGCGGACCCCGACAGCCCUGGCAACGAUGCUUCGACUGAUGGCGCUGACAAUAACUACCUCAAGGAGUUGCAGAAGGGCCUCCGCAACGCGAUCAAGAAACUGAAUGCCACCUCCAAGGUCGACGCUAUCAUCGCCGAAAACCCGGGCAAGUCCCUCGAUGAUCUCGUCGCAAACAAGAUCAUCAACCACGACCAGAAGGCCCAGGUGAUGAAGAAGCCUGCGCUGCAAGCUACUGUGUCCCAGAUCGAGGAGCAGAUCGGCCACUACAAGCAGUUCGCCGCCCAGUACGAGGAGCGCCUAAUUAGCCAGAAGACCGCGCUGGAGAAGGCCCACAAGGAGGAGCUGGACGCCGUUCGUGGGAACGCGAUUGCUGACGCGACGGAGGCUUCGAACAGGGCCCUGCGCGAGCGUCUGCUGACCCUGAGCAAGUUCCUAUGCGCUGCGGCAAACAUCCGCCGCUCUGGCGACUCGGUCUCCCUUGAGAGCCGAUCGUUCGAGGCUGUUCUCUUCCAGGUCUAUGGUGGUUCUCAGGAGGCGGUGGAUUCGAUGAUCAAGCUGAUUGAUGGUUCGGAUGAGAAGUUGCUCGCCGUUGAGGGCGAUGCGCUUGAGAUGACCUAUGGGGAUGUGAAAGUUGCUUCCACCAAGUAUUCGCUUGAGGACGAUGAAACCACUUCAAUCACUGCGCAGACCACCGCCCAGGCUGCCCCAGUCUCGGACCCUACUCUGGCAAAUGCAGGCCUCACCGAACUCCAGGAUACCAGCAUCGGUGCUAACAGAGUCGCGCGGUCUGACCAGACAGCCCCGCCCGCCCAGAGCAUAGUGGUGAAUUCCGCUAACCAGGUGGCGGAGACUACCUGGAAUGCUAAUGACCCGACCUCGAUGACUUCUUCGGCCACCACUGACGGAUGGGUGGAGGUGCCUCGUGACCCUGCUGAGACCGACACUGGCCUGCAGGCCACUCCCGCUACUCUCGACACUACAACUGUUGAUGCUUCCGGUGCUAAAGGUCAGAACGGUGGCCGCAACCGCGGACGUGGUGGACGCAGUCGUGGCGAGGGAUUCCGGGGCCGUGGACGUGGCGAAGGCCGAGGCCGUGGUGAGGGUCGUGGUCGUGGUCGAGGCGGACGUGGUCGUGGACGCGGUGGUGCUAACGGCGUCAACGACUCGAACGGCACUUCUUCUGCGGCAGAGACUCCCUCGACCAACGGGUUUGGGCCUGACGGAUGGUAG